UCUUUCUCUCCCCACGCCAUCACCAGCAGCUUCUUCGUCGCGCCCCGGCUUUCGACAAUCAUGUUCUUGCAACGCUCUGCUAUCGCUGCGGCUCGCCGCGCCGCCGUCACCCCGGCCAUUGCCCGCGGCUUCGCCACUUCUUUUGCUCGCCGCUCUGCUUCUACUCCUACUCCUUCGGCCCCCGGUGGCUCUGGCCACACCAAGCUCGGCACCUACAAGACUCUGUCUGAGGUCAAGGUCGAGGAGGACCUCGUCGGACCCGGUGCCCAGCCCGGCACCGUCCCCUCCGAUCUCGAGCAGGCCACCGGCCUCGAGCGUCUCGAAAUCCUCGGAAAGAUGGAGGGCGUCGACAUCUUCGACAUGCGCCCCCUCGACGCCAGCCGCAAGGGAACCUUGGAGAACCCCAUCCUGGUGCGCUCCGCCGGCGAGGAGCAGCUUGCUGGCUGCACCGGCUCUCCCGCCGACUCCCACGUCGUCAUCUGGCUCGGUCUGUCCAAGGAGCGCCCCAUUGAGCGAUGCCCCGAGUGCGGCAGCGUCUACAAGAUGGAGUACGUCGGGGCUGAGGACCACGGCCACCACCACCACCACCAGGAGAUCGAGGAGCCCAAGACCUUCGCCGACUUCGUCAAGCCCGAGUACCGUUACCGAUAAAUGCACAAUUUGGCCAUGGAGGACAAAAUUCGGUGGCAGGAUGGAGGCGAUGUACUAUCAAGGCGUAAGAGUGGACUGGAGCGAAACGCCCAUGCCCGGCGGGCAGUGGGAGGCAGCUGUGUAUUCUGUAGAUACUCAUGACUUUGUUGCAAUGUGAAUCACAAGCAUUGACAAGAUUGGGGGCCUCUGUGUGUGUUUCUUGAUAUAUCUAAUGCUGAUGCCGGCUGGUUGCGUGUAU